AUGAAAAUAACAAUAUCCGCCGGCGCCGUGCGAAAGGAGACAACAACGUAUGAACAGCAAUCCUGUCCAACAUCACAGGCGCCUGUCCAAGCCCACGUGGUCGCAUCCCACCUGACCCGGAGCGACACUGAUCCGCGAGGCGUAGAUCAGGGAAACAAGACCGACCGGCCGGGUUACGACCCUGCUGGACAUUCCUUCGAUGCAAGGGAAAAGAAUUCCAAGCCCUGUCAAUUCUUACCGGACUACACUGCUCCCGAGGAGGAACUUUGUGAGCCAUGGCACGUGGGAGCCGUGUCUGUCCGUUUUGGUCUGGGUCUUGUCAUCUUGAAAGGCUACCUUAGCUGGGCUAGCGAGUGA